GGCUUAUUUCGGACCCUGCUUAGUGCGACUAUGUAGGGAUCAUAGGGGGAUUUAGGGACGGCUUCCUCUCCACGCUUUCUACCGCUGUUUCUCUUUUAGAUUUGCUCAAGCAAGGAGGUAGAGGCUUGUAUUUAUUAUUUUAGUGUCUUGUUAAAUAAGCCAUGGCUACAGGAGAGCCCAAAAGCAAGAAAAUCAAACUUGAGGAAAAGACAAUCAGUCAAAAUGCUCUCUUUGGCAUGGGAAAUCCCCUGCUGGACAUGUGUGCUGUGGUGGACAAGGAUUUUCUUGACAAGUACGGGCUCAAGCCAAAUGACCAGAUUUUAGCAGAAGAAAAACACAAGGAAAUGUUUGAAGAAAUAGUCAAGAAUUUUAAAGUGGAGUACCAUGCUGGCGGUGCCACCCAGAACUCUGUGAUGAUUGCCCAGUGGAUGAUCCAGAAGCCCCACAAAGUGGCCACUUUCUUCGGCUGCAUCGGCAAAGACGAGUUUGGAAAGAUUCUGAAGCAGAAGGCAGAAGAAUGCCAUGUGGACGCCCAUUACUAUGAGCAGGGCAAGGAGCCGACAGGGACCUGCGCCGCCUGCAUCACUGGAGACAACAGGUCUCUUGUUGCCAAUCUGGGGGCUGCCAACUGUUAUAAGAAAGACAAACAUCUGGACCUGGAGGAGAACUGGAAGCUGGUAGAAAAAGCAAAAGUCUACUACAUUGCUGGUUUCUUCUUGACCGUGUCCUUGGAGUCGAUCCUGAAGGUGGCGAAGCAUGCCUUUGAAAACAACAAGAUCUUCUGCCUUAACCUGUCGGCUCCCUUCAUCAGCGAGCACUAUAAGGAUUCCCUAAUGGAGGUCAUGCCUUAUGUGGACGUCCUGUUCGGCAAUGAGACGGAGGCUGCCACGUUCGCGCACGAGCAGGGUUUCGAGAUAGAGGACAUUGAGGAGAUUGCCAAGAAGACCCAGAGUUUACCCAAGGAAAACAAGAAAAGGCAGAGAGUCGUGGUCUUUACCCAAGGCAAGGAGGGCACCGUAAUGGCCUAUGGUGAAAAGGUGGAAACGUUCCCCGUCAUAGAGAUUGACCAGAAAGAUAUUGUGGACACCAAUGGAGCUGGAGAUGCAUUUGUAGGAGGUUGGUUUCAGCAUAAUGCCAGUUGUAUAAGUCUUUAAUUCCACUGUAUAUACAGACUACAGGAACAGUACAGUAGACUGCCUUGUUUAUGGGAUAAAAAGGAUCUUCUUUCAAGGAGGACUAAUAGAGCUUCUCAACUCAUUGUGGGCUUCACUUAAUAACUGUGUACUGUUCAGACUUCAAACAGCCGGUGUGCAUGUCUGCACCUGAGCUGGACUAUAAGCUAAGUAUCACACUUGUUUUAGUUCUCAUGCAAAAAGGGAAGUUCUAAUAGUUAGAAUUGUUUUUCUCCUACACCUUUGUCUUAUUUAUUCAUUCUUCUAUACAUUCAUUGUAUCCAUUCAUCCAGCCACCCAUACAUUCACUCCGCCUGCCAACAGAACCCACAAAUCCAUCCAUCUGCCACCCAUGCACACCCCUCCAGAUGUCCACCCAACUACACACCCACCCAUUAGUCCAUCUACCAAACACAUUCAAUUAUCCACCGACCCACCAGUUCAUACAUCUACCCACAAAAUCCAACUAAAACCCCAACCAACCACCAGUCAACCAAUCCAUCCAACCAUCUGUAUACUCACCCACCAGUCUAACUAUCUACUCAGCCAUCCGACUAUUAAAACGUCUAUACCUACCCAGCUAGAUAGCCAACCUAUUUCUCUACCCACUCACCUCUCUAUCGACCCAUCUAUCUGCCCACCACUCCAGCCAACCCACAAUCCACCCUUCCAGUUGUUAACACACACACACAAACACACCCAUGUACCCCCAUGCACCCACUGAUCCAGUCCCACACCCACCAUUCAGUCCAUCUGCCCACCUACCCAUCUAGCUCAAAAUCAAACCAGGUACCCACCACAGUGCAAUGAUCCCUGUAGCUUUAUACAUCUAAACAGAUAGAUUUUAUUGUCUCUCUCUGUCUUUCCCAUAGCUCGUCCAGUAUGAUUCUGACACUGAUAGAGCUAUGAGCUUGUUUGCACGAACGUCAUAUUGAUUUUUUUUUUCUUUCUUUUUUCUAACACGUUUAUCCAUAUACCAACGAGAGGUGGAAGGCCAUUGCUCCACCAUGCUGGAAAAUGAAUUUGCCAGCUGUUUUUCAAUGUGCCUUGGUGGUGUUGCAGAGUGCAGA